AAAAUACAAAGCAUCCACAUCGUCUCAGUCCCUGUAUCGCGUCUGCUCUGCUCACUUCGUUCAUAUCCGCGCGGAUGAUUCACUGUGAAAAUAUCGUUGGAAUAUGUGCUCCAUAUUAAUUAAUACGUGAUCGUUAUUUAAGAAAAGAGAUAAAUCGAAAGAAGCAAAAAACAACAGCAUGGUGAUAUAAUUCGACUGUAAUUUUGUAACCACUGCAACGACUAUGCUUUUGUGGAUAUUAAGCUGCCUAAACCUAUUAACGGCUUCUGUCUUGUGUUUAUCUACGAGUGAAAUAGAAGCAGAGAAGAGUGGUUGGAAUUUUGAUCCAAAUACACAAUAUCAUAUUCAAACGGAUGAAGGGCCUGAAAGGUACUUUCGUUUUCAAACAUUAAAUGGGCAAUACAGGAAGGAAAAGAGAUUAGUCGAUGGUACAGUGAUUGGUACAGAGGGUUGGUUAGACCCUCUUGGAUAUUUACGAUUAAAAGACUACAUAGCAGACAGUAACGGAUUUCGAAUUCUGAGGUCGAAAAUGUUGUAUGUAGGUAAAGACAGACCUAUUUACAAUGCUGUAGUGGAUGCGAAAAGAACGCCACCUCAAACUGGAAUUCUUGUAAAACCAACACGCCCACCAAAUCCUUUCAGGCAACCAGAAGCAAAUGUUCCGUUAGUUGGCAACGAUAUUAAUUCCAAUUAUUAUGUUAGCACCACUGACAAACCUCAGGAUCAUUCAUCUCCUGCAUCUAGUUCAAACACCGACUAUUAUUACGAUCCGAAUCGAGCAAGAUUUUCCCCUGGGUCUCGUAAUUCAAAUAAUUAUUCUAAACCUCAAAAUGCUUACCAAAAUCUUCUUUACCGAUCGAACGAAGUACCUGUAGCACGUAAUGAACGAUUGAAACCAAAUAUUCAGUUAUCAACGGCUACAUCACGAAAGAGUUCAACAUUUCCUGAAUAUGAUGGAACAUAUAAUGUUGCUAAUGGAUUUCAAUAUUACCUGAAAAGGCAGUAUCAUGAAGAGGAACAAGAACCAAAUGGUGCAAACGUCGGUUCCUUUGGCUAUGUUGAUCCAUUUGGUAUUCGAAGAGUAAUUUAUUACAAAACAGACCCACAAACUGGUGGUUUCCAUCAUCAGAAAAAUAACAAGUACGUAGGAUUUGCGUCAACACCGUAUGACCUGUCAUUACCUAAUUUGUACAGACGUAACCUGCGAUCUGUAAAAUAAUACGUUUCUUUGAAGUUGUUUUUGUAACGACACUGGUAUGUAGAUGCCAUGCAAGCGAAAUUAUUAUUGUUCGUAAAUGAGAUCUAUUAUUGGAAUUUCUUUUCUCUCUGUACGUAGUUACUAAUGUAAAAUUCAAUGAAAUUACACAAAUUGUAAUGGAAUUUUCAUAUGUAUACGUUGGUAACAAGUUUUACCUAUUGUACAUAUGAUGUGUAUUUCUAUUAUUUUACGUUGGUAACACAGUUUACGACGAAAAAGGAUCUAAAACCUCCAAAGUUUAGUUUGCGUUACCAGAAAUUGUAAACUGUAAACACUA